AUGCUUUAUCCGUACGAUUGCGUGAAGAAGCGUACGGGGAAUGGAACGGACUGCACAUUGGCAUUGAGGAAGAAGAAGGACGGCGGCUUCAAGGAGUUCCAGGCCACCGUCAACCAGGGCUGUUUCGAGGAGGGUCCUCGCGUAUAUUGCCCAUUCUUCUGCCCGGAUACGGUGGACGCCUACAGUGUGGCCAAGGUUCCACAAUACAACCACAAAUGCGUCAACCUCGUCAGCUACAAGUCCGAGAAACGGGACAACGAGUGGUACUUCUGGCGGGAGGGCGAGUGUCUGCAGCAGGAGAUGAGCUUCGAGUACGGCUGCCACUUCACCUACCCAAUCGAGAAGGCCGACGUCGAGUCGUUCUUCCGCAACCGGAGACGCUCC